UGGCUGGAUGUGUUUUUUUUUGUUGUCGGAGCUGAGGCAGCGGACGGAUGGCGAGUGUUUGUCCGUAGCAAUCGCUGGAUACUCGUGACCAUGUCCCCGCAGAGCUCGGCUGCGAACGCGGGUCUGUUCUCAUCAUUGACGGCAGCUCCAGACAAGCCGAUUGAGGCUGCGGUGCCCCCCUCAGUGGAGCUCGGCUUGACCGUGGUUUACACCGCUCUGUACUCUCUGCUUUUCCUAUUCGUUUACCUGCAGCUCUGGUUGGUCUUGCACUAUAAGCACAAGCGCUUCAGUUACCAGACCGUAUUUUUGUUUCUCUGUCUGCUCUGGGCAGGGCUGAGGACUACCCUCUUUUCGUUUUACUUUAAAAAUUGUGUCCAGGCCAAUCAGUUGGAGCCUUUGCCUUACUGGCUGCUGUAUUGUUUCCCUGUGUGUUUGCAGUUCUUCACGUUGUGUCUGCUAAAUCUUUAUUUUGCGCAGGUUAUUUUCAAGGCUAAAGCCAAAUAUUGUCCAGAACUUAACAAAUACAAGAUUCCAUUACGGCUCACAUUCUUGUUUGUUAGUAUUCUGUUUCUGGUGGUGAAUUUCACAUGUGCAGUACUUGUCCAAGGAAAUGUGCCAGAAAACCAAUUGAAAUGGACAGUGUUUGCUCGAGUGCUCAUCAAUGAUAGCCUUUUUGUACUUUGUGCCAUAUCAUUAGCAGUGUGCAUCCUCAAAAUCGCAAAAAUGUCAUCUGCAAAUGUUUAUCUCGAGUCAAAGGGAACAUCUGUUUGUCAGGCCAUGAUUGUGGGUGCUGCAGUGAUCCUACUUUAUAUCUCCAGGGCUUCCUAUAACCUGGUGGUUGUUUUCAUGGCCCCAGAGGAUAGGCCCAGUUCGUUCAACUAUGGCUGGUACAAUGUAUCUGAUCAGGCUGAUGUUGAAAAAGUCAGUGACCAAGCUUAUGUGGCAUUUGGAAUCAUUCUUUUCCUUUGGGAGCUCUUGCCUACAAGUUUGGUGGUAUUCUUUUUCAGAGUGCAGAGGCCAAAUCAAAAUCUGGGAUCAGGAGGAAUGAUAAACAGUCACAGUUUCAGUUCCAGGGCAUAUUUUUUUGAUAAUCCAAGGCGGUAUGAUAGUGAUGAUGAUUUAAGUCGAAGUAGUGGCUCAAGAGGAGAGCGAGGAAGCAUCCUAUCCACAACACCACAAGGCACUGGUUGGUAUGGAGCAACCCAUAGGAAUAGCAAUUACACUGUAGUCUCUCACUUGCUGAACGGACCUCCAGCAGCUACAACACCACUGCUCUUCGCUUAUGGUAAUAUCCAAAAUAAUCACCACCAUAACUAUUACUCAACGCCACAAAACUAUUACUUGACACCCCAGAACUAGUAUGAAUCUGCAGUUAGUUUUGUGGAAAUGCUUGCACAUCAGUUUGCAUGGACUGACCUCUUGUGUCAGUACGAAAGAAAUGCUGUCUGAAUUCAAUUUCUGGCAUUGAGCGAAAGAUCUUUGGAAUUUCAGAGCUGCAUCAAUGACCAUCAGCAUACAAAUGACCUGCACCAUUGCAGCUUGCUUUGAGUAUAGUAGGUUAGACUGUGUAUUGCACUUUUUAGCCUGCACUUGCAAUCUGAACCGAGUAUUGGAAUGAUAUCAUUCUGGCUUUAUUAAUAUCUACAUAUCUUGAGGGCUUUUUGGAUUAAUCUGGGCCAGGCAGAUGCAAUUAUUCCUAAUAUGAUCAAUAUGAACUUGGUUUUAAUGUAUCUAUUAAGUGAGUUAACUUUCAAUCAGCUAUUUUAAACUAACCAAGACAGGCAGUUUAAAAUGCAUUAAUGCUGUGAUGCAUGUAUUUAAGGUAUUCUUAAGACUUGGCAAUUUCAUUUGGACUUGUACAGUUUUGCCAUGGUAAUACAGUAUUAAUGAGUUGGUUAUAUAUAUAUAUAUAUAUCCAACUUCUACAUUUAAUGAGUUUUGCUUAAGUGACCAACUAUGUAAUAUGAUAUAAUAUUUCAGUAUUUACCAUUUUGAAAUCUUACAGAAUGGGCUUGAGUUGUCUGACAAAUAAACCUGGCAACUGUCAAUGUGUUAAUAUUUCUAUCUAUAGCCUAAAUUUGUUAGCAUUACCUUAAACUAUUUUGAUAUAGUCAAGUUGCAUGUUUAUUUUAGUGAAGUCAAAUCUCAUUACCCACAUGGUAAUUUGAUUAUCUGGAGUUUCUUUGUUCUUGAGGGCUAGUUUCUUCACACAAAGAAGAAAUGCUUCUAGGCUCUGUGAUGUAAUUCCAAACAUGUAAUAACAUGCACAUCAGCAUGUUUUGUACACAUUUGAACUUUGAGAGAUGACCAGAUAUUUAAGUAUACUACACAAUUAUUGUAGGGCACAGAUUAAAAUAGACUUUUCAAAGUUUGCACACUUCUUGACUUUGUUAAAAUAGUGCAGCUUAAAUGUUAGUAAAUGUAAAUUAUUGGUUAUUAAACUUUCUGGAUGUGCUGUAUUUUUGUAUGUAGUCACUGUUGGAAGCUGCACAAUAUAUGUAUGUAUGUCUCAGGUCUUCAAUGAAAAACUUCAGCAACAAUAAGAUAAAUCUAUUAAAUGGUCUUUUAAAUCUGCACUUGAGUACUGAAUUUGCACAAUGUUCAUCUUCAAUCCUGCUAUGUUUUUAAAAGCUUUCCAGCAUGAGAUUCAAUUAUUUCUAAUGUAAUGUACCUGGGCCAAAAUUUUGUGGUUGUCAGUUUCAGGAUUUAAUUUAAAUGUUAUAGGUAACGGUCACUUAAUAUGGCCAAAAAUAUUUUGCCCAUAUUUUGCCCUAUUUGGUGCAUCAAGGAUGACGUUUAGCAGUUUGUUUACAUACAGAAUGUACUUGAUAGGUGUCAUUUUAAAUGGGUGAUGCCUCAGUGUAUAUAUAGUAUUGUUCUUUUUGGAGUAAGGCAGGAUAGAUCAAGGAGCAGGAUAAUAACAAAAAAUCAGCAAUAGCUUCAUAAUUCAUUUUUGUAUCUGUUAAUUUUGUGCUAUAUUCUAAACAACCAUUUGGUACAUAAAUUUGAUUUUAAAAUGUGCCCUACAGUACCAUGUAAAUUGUAAGAUCUAGUCUUUUGGAAAAUGGGUAUACAUGUUUGUCAUUAUACAUGAAUAUAUUUGUUUCUGUGUGGAAAAAGUACUAAUUCCUGAAUUGCAUUUAUCAUCCUAAUUUUUAGUAUGAUUAAAACAUUGGAGAGCAUCGUAGACAGAUGGUCUUCUGAAGAAACUAUUCAAAACAUUGUGUUCUGUUUCUCUAAGUUAUCCCAUGUUCUAGGUUGAAUUGGGUGUGUUCAAGGGAGAUGAGGGCCAUAGAUAAGGAUUAUCACAUUGUUAAUGGAAAAAUAACUAGGUCAUGCAAGAUGCUCUAAGAUUUGUAUCAUUCCAUCAGGAAAAAUUAAUUUAGUGAUUUAAUUUUAAUACCUGUUGAUGUUCAGCAGCCAUUUGUAUCUUGCAGACUUGCAUCUCUACUUUAUCGUCAACAAAGCCUCUAGAAUUUAAAUCUACUGCAUAUGUAAAUAUUAUCAAGAUUAAACUGAUGUAGAAGUAGAGUAUCUUAGGAAUGUUGAUCCUAUAUGUGCACAAUAUUGAAACUAAAAUUUGAAUCAUUCAGCAUAAAUUAAUUUAAAACUUUGCUGAAUACUAAUCUUAGACAUUAAAAUUGUUUAUUACUGCUCAAAUUCAUGUAGUCUUUCACUGCAGCAUGCUUAAUGAACCAAGAGCUUAUUCUAUUUUCCAUCCAGUCCAUGAGUGAAUUAUCUAACUGGCAAUCCAUCAGAGGAUCAAAUACUUAAUCUCAUUGCUGCAUGAAGUGUUCUUCCAUGAACCAGGAUAUGAACAAGCAAACAAAUGUUACCCUCUUUGGCUUGAUCUGUGAUUUGUAAUUGAUCAGCUUAGCUCUAGCUUUGUUGUCUAAAUGAUCAUGUCACAAGGUCAAGCUCUCCAAUUGGAACCCGAUAAACUGUGAUUUUUAUCUUCAUUUCUGACAUUAGAACAAACAACAUAAUGACCAUUUCAACACAGAAUGAUGCACUUUCUUUAUUGAAAAUAUUUGUAAAUUAUUUUUCAGUAACACUUCAAAAUUGAAUGAUUUGUAAUGCUUCAAUCUACAAAGUUUUGUCUGUGUAGCACUAUUGAAAGGUAUUGUACUGUUAAUAAUUUAACUGUAAAUUUACCACUUCUGUUAAUUGUGAAGCUAUACUUGAGGCUUUGUUUUAUUGUGACCAAUGAAUGUAAUGAACUUACUAUUAAAAAAAGUUGUAACAAGCACUUCCAUAUUUAAAUAAAUGUUUUAUGGCAUUCGUAAAGGGA